AUCUGGUGUAGAGAACUCUAGGAAGGAAGCAGUUCUUUUGGCUAAAAUGAAACAUCCAAAUACCGUUGCCUAUAAAGAAUCGUUUGAAGCUGAUGGACAUCUGUAUAUAGUGAUGGAAUAUUGUGACGAUGGAGGUCUAAUGCAAAAGAUUAAACACCAAAGAGGAAAUUUGUUCCCUGAAGAUAAGAUCCUUCAGUGGUUUGUGCAGAUGUGCCUGGCUGUGAAGCACAUUCAUGAUAAACGUGUGCUGCACAGGGAUAUAAAAUCCAAGAACAUCUUCCUCACUCAAAAUGGGAAAGUAAAACUGGGAGACUUUGGAUCUGCACGCCUUCUUGCACACCCGAUGUCAUAUGCUUGCACAUAUGUGGGAACUCCUUAUUACGUACCUCCAGAAAUAUGGGAAAGCAUGCCAUACAACAACAAAAGUGAUAUAUGGUCUCUAGGGUGUAUUUGGUAUGAGCUGUGCACUCUAAGUACACCUUUAUUGCUAUCAGAAAAGUUUUGGAAUUCCUUAAAACUUAAUUAGCAGUUAGCUGUACUGUAGAUUGGACUGAUGUAUUUGCUGCUGCUUCCAAAAGAGGGAAGUAUUGCUCCACCCUUCUCACACCUACUCCACUAUGUGCCCUCUGUUUUUCAGCAGUUCUUUGGACCUACUGGACCCUUCUGUAGAAGACUAAAUUUUCAAAAUUAUUA